AUGAACGACACAGUAACUAUCCGGACUAGGAAGUUCAUGACCAACCGGCUGCUUCAGCGGAAACAAAUGGUCAUUGAUGUUCUUCAUCCUGGAAAGGCAACAGUACCUAAAACAGAAAUUCGGGAAAAACUGGCCAAAAUGUACAAGACCACACCAGAUGUCAUCUUUGUAUUUGGAUUCAGAACCCAUUUUGGUGGUGGCAAGACAACUGGCUUCGGCAUGAUUUACGAUUCCUUGGAUUACGCGAAGAAGAAUGAGCCCAAACACAGGCUUGCAAGACACGGCCUGUAUGAGAAGAAAAAGACCUCAAGAAAACAGCGAAAAGAACGCAAGAACAGAAUGAAGAAAGUCAGGGGGACUGCAAAGGCCAAUGUUGGUGCUGGCAAAAAGGUAAGGGAACUGGGGUUGCAAGCCUGGGGUAGAGCAGAACUGGUGCCAAGACCUGAGGCAAGAGAAAGCAGAUGGGUUUGUGGAAGGGCGCUGGCCAGAAACCAAGCCCCCAGUUUUCCCUGCUUCCCCUCCGUGCUUAAAACUCCUCGUCCAAUUACCUUUGAACUUGCCUUUUUUGCUGCAGUGGCUGUUGCUGCUGCAUGUGAAACAUCUCCUACACUUGUUUCUCUCCAGGAGGGAUGGGGCUGUCUUACCCUGUUUGGUGUUCCUUUGCCCGGAGACUGGUGGGCCAGAGAAGACCUAGGAGUCUGGGACCUGGUCACCUCUCCUGGAUGUCCUGGAGACGGGAGGAAUUCCGAGGAACAGCUAUUAUUAGAGGCUGAGCUGGAAGCGGGCGCCUUCGGCGGAUCAGAGCUGUCAGUUUGCAUCAACAGCCUCCUGUUCUGCAGAGCUGGCCAGGCGGCUGGGGCCCAGGCACAGAGCAGCAGAAGGAUCAAGAGAGAAACAGUAGACCGCAACCUCAAACCCCAAGCCCCAGCUGUCUUCAACCAGGCCCGCGCCAACAGUGGAGCGAUCGGCUGGCGCAGUAGCCAAACCUGGAGCUUCCUGCAGGCCUGCUGCGCUCUGAUAGCCGACCUCAGGGGCUCAUAA